AUGUCGACUGUCAGAGCAUUCAGAUCCCUGGCGCGGCCAGCUCGUCAAUUGCGGCCAGUUGCCGCCGCCCCCGCCCUUCAAACCCGACGUCACUCCUCCAAGCACCCUAAAGGUUUUGAAGCGCCGUCACAAGCCGACCUCUCGGAGCUGCGCGAGCGCGUGCAGGAGUUCACGAGGCGCGAGAUCACCGAGGAGGUCGCGGCGAACACGGACAAGAGCAAUGCCUUCCCCAACGAGAUGUGGCAGAAGCUCGGCGACGCUGGGUUCUUGGGUAUGACAGCCGACGAGGACGUCGGUGGCCUGGCUAUGGGCUACCAGGCGCACUGCGUCGUCAUGGAGGAGAUCUCACGGGCUUCUGGCUCAAUUGGUCUCAGCUAUGCUGCACACUCACAAUUGUGUGUCAACCAGCUCCAGCUCAAUGGAUCUCCGGAGCAGAAGCAGAAGUACCUCCCUGGACUGAUUGCUGGUACGAGCGUUGGCGCCCUGGCAAUGUCAGAGUCUGGGGCUGGCAGCGAUGUUGUAAGCAUGCGAACGACGGCGAAGGCCGUCGAUGGCGGCUACCUUCUGAACGGGUCCAAGAUGUGGAUCACGAACGGCCCUGAUGCGGACCUUAUCGUCGUCUACGCCAAGACGGAGCCCGAGAAGGCUUCCAAGGGUAUUACUGCGUUCCUGGUUGAAACUAAGACGAAGGGCUUUAGCUGCGCCAGGAAACUCGACAAGAUGGGAAUGCGGGGAAGCAACACUGGCGAGCUUAACUUCGACAAUGUCUUUGUGCCAAAGGAGAACAUCCUUGGUAAAAUCAACGGGGGCGUACGGGUGCUGAUGGAGGGCCUUGACCUGGAGCGUCUUGUCCUUAGUGCUGGGCCUUUGGGUAUCAUGCAAGCCGCGCUGGACGUGGCUUUGCCUUUCACCCAUCAGAGAAAACAGUUUGGCAUCCCCAUCGCUCAGAACCAGUUCCUCCAAGGAAAGCUGGCCGACAUGUACACGAAGCUGCAGGCUUCUCGAGCAUACACCUAUACGACAGCCAAGGCCGUUGACGAGAACGGGUUGAUCCGGACACAAGACUGUGCAGGUGCCAUUCUGUAUGCCGCUGAGAGGGCAACGGAGUGUGCUUUGGACAGUAUUCAACUCCUCGGAGGCAUGGGAUACGUGGAAGAGAUGCCAGCCUCGAGAUUAUUGCGGGACGCUAAACUCUAUGAAAUCGGUGCCGGUACAUCAGAGAUUAGAAGAAUGGUGAUCGGAAGAGCGUUCAACAAGGAAUAUGCCCAUCUCGCAUGA